UAUAUAAUAUGAGGAGACCGAAUUGAAUGAGGCCGAAGCUGUAGCAUACACCACAACAUAGAAAAGCAACACGUGUACCCAACGCUGAAGGUGAAGCUCGUCCUAAGGUGUUGUGGAUCAGGCUGGGGAAGAGUACGGCGUUGUGAAUACUGAUAUUGGUGUGUUUGAGAGAUGGUUCGCUUUGCACGGGCAGAAGGUUCCAAGGGUUCCAACAAGAAACAGUAUGAGGAUGCAACACCAUGGACAGAGAUUGUGUCACAGUUAGAAACCAGCAAGAAGAAAAGAAAAAAGAAUCAGGAUGAAGAAGAUAAUGAGAAAAAGGAUGGGAUUCUUGGACAAGUUGCAAAUAAAAAAAAAAAAAUUGACACUGGAAAACAAGAGACCAGACUGCAGAAUGCCUCCCAUUCUGCCUUCCAAAUUACAAAGAACCAGAAAAAUGAUAAAGAAAACGGACAACCCGUACUGGCAGUACAAAAUGCAGUUAAGAAGACUAAGAAAGGAAAGAAGAAAGGCCCAAAGACUUCAGUACCUGAGUAUACCAUCAGUUCAGAAGGGAAAAAGGUCAAGGUUUUCGACCGGGUGAAUACGGCUGGCAGGGCGGACCAGUUCACCCCGGUCUACAAGAAUGAUUCAGGUUCAAAAAAUAAUCCCCCCAAAAAAAACAAGAAGAAAAAUCAGAAGCAAGUUGUUAUAGGUAAUGGUUCAUUGUCCUCCCUCAACAAAGGAAGCAGUGUACAAUUAAAGAAAAACAAAUGUAAGCAACUGGAGGAACAAAGCACAAGAGAACAGAUACACCCAGAAGUGGAGCAAAUGACUGGUGAAAAUGACAGUGUUCAAGAGGAUGACACAAGAGUAAUGAUUUCACAAACAUCUGGAGAAGUACAAAAGAGAAAGAGAAAAGACAUUGUUGGCGGCAGUAAGAAGACACCAUCCCAGGUUAAUGGAAAUAAGAGAAAAGAAGGACGAGAUUGCAUGACUGUUCUGACAACCCAAGAUGAUGGCAAAGUCAAGAAGAAACUGAAAAAAGACACAUUACAUACAGAGACAAUAGAAGAGCAAAUCAACAUAGGAGAUAAGGAUGAUGACAAAAUGACCGAUACACUGCAAACCAACAGCAAGGUAAAGAAAAAUAUAAAAUCAAAAAAAGCCAAAUUAGCUAUGAAGACAUUACCAUCCCAAACUAACAAUGAAAAUGAGGCUGAAGACAAGGAAAAAUCAGUGACACCACAACCAGAGAGUGAAAAGAAAAAGAAGGAAAAGGAUGAAAUAGAAAUAACAACACCACAUUCUGAUAACAAAAAGAAAAAUAGUAGUUCAAAAACAGAGAUGUCACAAAGUCCAAUUAACACACAGCAGAAAACUGAAGCAGAUGAAACAUUUGAGACUCAUGACUAUAAAACAAACAAAAUGGAAAAUGCUUCUAGUUUUCAGGGAGAUUUUGAGGAGAAUGAGCUAAUGACCAAUUUUGAUGAGUACUGGGUGUUGCGUAAGGAUGUGGAAGCCUUGGAGGCUGCCAAGGUGGACGAGCUGGAGACCAUCUAUGCCACUAGGACAGAUGGGAGUAGAGGAGAACUUACUAAGGAGGAAAAAAUUCUCCUGCAGCGUGCUGUGAAGAAGAGGAAGAGGUUCUACCACAGAAAGCUGGUUCAGAAGCUCAAUGUGGGUAAAAGAGUGAUGAAUAACAGAAAGGGGAAGAAAGAUACCAAAAACGAAGACAGUGGAAUAGUGGUGAAGUUUGAUGGAUUCUUUGUGAAAAAGGAGGCUGCUGACAGAUUACAUAAGCUUAGAAGUAAGCUGUAUAAGGAGGGACUGAGCCAGGAGGAGGUGGACAAACUGAUAAAAAAGGAGCGGCGCAAGGAGGAGCGGGUACUGAAGAAUGAGAGGAGCCUGGUGUGCCUUAACUGCCGUCAGCCAGGCCACAUGGUGUCAGCCUGCCCCAGUAUAGCAGCUGCUGAUGGUGAAGGCCAACCCUCUAUCUGCUACACUUGUGGCUCAACUGAGCACACUUCCUCCUCAUGCAAUCUGAAGAAGGGUUCAGAGAAGAGUUUCUCUUUUGCUACCUGUUACAUUUGCAAGGAGUCGGGUCACAUUUCUCGCCAGUGCCCUGACAACCCCCGGGGGCUGUACCCGAGGGGCGGGGCUUGCCGGGGCUGUGGCUCUGUGGAGCAUUUAGCCAAGGACUGUCCUGAUUUACAAAAAGAGAAUGCAGAAUACACCAUCAAAGUGGGUAGGAUGAAGGGAGAGGAACUCGAGGCCUUGGAUGAAAAUGACGAGGCAGGUGACCAGGACACCUCACCCUCACCAAGCAAAUGGACCAAGUGUAAGGUGGUGAAAUUUUUAUGAAAGAUUUAAGUGUAAUUCCAUCAUUGCCUGUGGAACCUUAUGUUUGAGAGAUAGAGAGAGGAAGAGGAAAGUAUGUUUUCUCCCACAUGUUUUCAAAAUGAUUUCUUCAUUAUACUGAAUGUCUGCUUUUUAUGCAGCUCGUGGCAUUUUAACGUGUGCUCCUGGAAUGUGUGUAGCCUCUGUCCUCCUGCAGGGACUGGUUUUCUGAGUAAAAGUAAAUGAAAUGGUUUGAAUUAUUUGCUUUUACUAACAGGUAACACUUUAUACAUAAACAUAUUUGGGUUUAGGAAUAUUCAUAAUUGCUUUGUUUAUGUUAUUAUUCUAUCAUAUUUUUUGUGUGUUACGGAAGUAUGUGGCCAGCUGUGCCAUACUGAAGCUCCUUGUGUAGUAGGGUGGUCCAUGAGCACAUCCCAGUGGCCAACAGGGCUAGCGAUGUGUGUAUGAGUGUGUGAUGUUUUAUGCAGGCCACCCCUUGUGAAAUUGCUGGCCUGGUACAUAGAUAGACAACUAUAUAUGUUUGUUACAGGCCUUGUUGCUAUACUCAGCUGAUAAAGAGUUUUUACAACUCUGCACAUGAUGAGCUUAGACUGGUCAUAUGACUUUACUUAAUUCAAAUAAUUUAUCUGGUGCUGAAAUUGUAGGUUUGAUAAUGUAUUCAGCAGUUUGAGAGAUAAUGAUAUGAUUUGUGUGUAUUAACACCAUGUAUAUUCAUGAGGCAGAAAGGAGGCAGCUGGUACCAGUGACUACAAUGGAGCAGGAGGAAGGAAAGGAGUCUCUUUUGAUGGCAGGUUUAUUUCCAAGGGAAGCCUGAGGAAGGCACUGGUGGAGGACGUGCUUUAUUAGUUAUUGCUGGAGAAGAGAAGGAAUGAUGGUGGUUAUUGGUAUUUUGAUAUUGAUAUGUAUUGUUUUUCGUAUCGUUAUUAUCAUCAGUUUAUUAUUGCAUAUUUCAUAACCUAUUUUAUUGCAUGGAUAGCUUAAUUUACAAUUAUGCCACCCUAAUAUGCAACAGCAAUGUGGUAAUACCAGCCUGUAUAUACAAACACACAACAUGCAGGAACAUCAUAAUUGAGUCCCUCUUAGUGACACAGGAGCACGUUGAGCCUUGAAGCAUCACCUACCCAUAGAUCUUCUUGACCAUGGCAGCAGAAACCAGUCUGAGCAUCUCCCACUCCCUCAGCGCCUUCCCCAUGUAGUUCCACACAAACUGGCUCACUUCCCGGUUCAUGGUCAGCUGUCACAGGAGAGAAUGACUUGUCACCUAUGCUGCCUGUUACCAGUUUUACUUUGCCUCAAAUAUGAAAUAGACUUGAUACCAAACCACUGACAAUCUUAACCACAACUGCUGUUUAAUUCUGGUGUCAAAGGAAUUAUGAGAAAAUAGAAAUAUAUUUGAUUGAAAAUGAGAGGACUUGAAAUGCAGUGACAGGACAGUUAAGGCUUACCAAAAUUAAGUUGCAGCAAAUUUGUAUCUGCUUUGAGUUUGUCAGUAUGGCAUGAACAAAACAUAUUUUGAGGUGGCAUAGUUCUAGUAAGUACAAGGAGACCAAGUUACCACACACCUGGUAGGCCUGGCAGUGGUCAUCACAGCCUGAGGUGCCGUGGAUCUGCCUGCAGGUGUCCUUCAGUCGUGCCACAGGGUCAGUAAUCUGUAGCAGCCACAUAAUAUACAGUUACCCAAAUUGGUGA